CAAAAACACACAAACCAAACCAAACCAAACCAAAACCAAUCAAACACUUCCAUUUUCUCUCUCUACAUUUUCUCACUCCAAAUUUUACAUUCACCAAUGGCCGCCACCCACACUCACCACCACCACCCUUUCCUCCUCCGCCUCCUCUCAUUCCUAUGCUUCCUUCUCCUCUCCGCCGCCGACGACUCUGCCGUCAUGUCAAAGCUCCUCUCCUCCCUCUCCUCCGCCCCCACCGGCUGGUCCUCCUCCACCAGCUUCUGCAAGUGGCCCGGCGUCACCUGCGACUCCUCCUCCUCCGUCGUAGAUCUCGACCUGAACUCCGCCGCCAUCUCCGGCUCCCUCCCGCCGGAGAUCAACCAGCUCUCCCAGCUCCGAACCCUCGCCGUCCAGAAAAACUCCCUCACCGGAACCCUACCCUCUUUCCAGAACAUGACUUCCCUGGAAGCAAUCUAUCUCGACAACAACGCUUUCACCUCCCUCCCUGAAAACUUCCUCCUAGGGCUCACGAAUCUCCAGACCUUCAGUAUCAGUGAAAAUACCAAACUACCCCCAUGGCAAAUCCCUUCCUAUCUAACCGACAGCGCGAAUCUCGCCGGAUUUUUCGCUAGCAACGCCAGCCUCACUGGUACAAUCCCCGAUAUUUUCGGCUCCUUCCCCAAUUUGCAGAACUUGAGAUUGUCGUACAACAAUCUGACCGGAUCUCUACCCGGAUCCUUUUCCGGGUCGGAGAUUCAAAAUCUAUGGCUCAACAAUCAGCAGCAAGGCUUAUCCGGCACAAUUGAUGUUUUAGCAAACAUGACUCAGUUGGCUCAGGUUUGGCUACACGCGAACUCGUUCUCCGGCGGUAUUCCCGAUUUAUCGAAAUGCACAAAUCUAUUCGAUUUACAGCUGAGGGACAAUAGGUUCACCGGUGUGAUACCACCAUCUUUGAUGAAUUUGCCCAGUCUUCUCAACAUCACUCUGCAGAACAAUAAGUUGCAAGGCCCUUUUCCGCAGUUUCCGACGAAAGUUAAAACGACAAUCGGUACUACGAAUAGCUUCUGUUUAGAUGCGCCCGGGCCGUGCGAUCCACAGGUGAGCACGCUUCUUGAUAUUGCCGGUGCACUCGGUUAUCCGAUGCCGUUGGCCGAAUCCUGGAAAGGGAACAAUGCUUGUAGUGGCGAUUGGAGAUUUAUCAACUGCGAUUCGCAGUUGAAGAAUGUAACGUCUGUGACCAUGGGGAGGCAGGGGUUUUACGGUACUAUUUCGCCCGCCUUUGCGAAUCUGGCUUCUCUGAGGAGUUUGGUGCUGAGCGAUAACCACCUCACCGGUGUCAUUCCUAGUGAAUUGACCGCUUUGACCCAGCUCCAGACUCUCGACGUGUCGAACAACGACUUGUCCGGACCUAUUCCCGUUUUUCCUUCCACCGUGAAGUUUACUUCCACGGGUAAUUUAAUGCUCGGCAAGAAUGACACUAGCGGUGGAGGAGGUGGCGGGGGCGCACCACCUGGCGGCCCAAAUAGAAGCUCCACUGCAUCGUCGAAAAAGUCGGUUUCGCCUGCACUGAUUGCUGGUGUGGUGAUAGCAGUUUUGGUAUUCGUCGGAGUUCUUUUGUUCGUUUCGUACAAAUGCUACAUCAAGAAACGGCACACGAGAUUCGGGCGGGUACAGGGUUCAGAGAAUGGCAAAGAAUUAGUCAAACCGAAUUCCACAAACGGCACGAAUGGAUUCGGUGGGUCCCACAGUGAGCUGCAGAGCCAGAGCAGUGGGGACUACAGCGAAGCAAUUUCUUCAUUUGAAGGUGGUAACGUCAGCAUAUCCAUACAAGUACUCAGGCAAGUGACGGACAAUUUCAACCCGAAGAAUGUUCUAGGAAGAGGAGGAUUCGGGGUCGUGUACAAAGGCGAACUGCACGACGGUACCAAAAUAGCCGUCAAGAGAAUGGAAUCCGGAGCGAUGGGCACAAAGGGGAUGAACGAGUUCCAAGCGGAAAUCGGGGUUCUGACGAAAGUCAGGCACAGGCAUUUGGUUGCACUUCUCGGAUAUUGUGUUAACGGGAACGAGAGGCUCUUGGUUUACGAGUACAUGCCACAAGGAACAUUAGGGCAGCAUUUGUUCGAGUGGGAGGAACUUUGCUAUCAGCCACUUACGUGGAAACAGAGGGUGACUGUGGCUUUGGAUGUCGCGAGAGGAGUCGAGUAUCUUCACAGUUUGGCGCAACAGAGUUUCAUUCAUAGAGAUCUCAAGCCCUCGAAUAUACUUCUUUCCGAUGAUAUGAGAGCCAAGGUUGCCGAUUUUGGAUUGGUUAAGAAUGCGCCCGAUGGGAAGUACUCUCUCGAGACUAAAUUGGCUGGCACGUUCGGCUAUCUUGCACCGGAAUAUGCUGCCACCGGAAGAGUUACAACAAAAGUUGACGUAUACGCAUUCGGAGUAGUUCUAAUGGAAAUAAUCACCGGUAGAAAAGCACUCGACGAAACAAUGCCAGACGAGCGGUCCCAUUUAGUCACAUGGUUCAGAAGAGUCCUUAUCAACAAAGACAACCUCAGAAAGUCCAUCGACUCGCUUCUCGAUCCUGACGAAGAAACUUAUGAGAGCAUAUGCAAGGUUGCUGAGCUGGCAGGUCACUGCACGGCCCGCGAGCCGUUCCAAAGGCCCGAAAUGGGCCACGCGGUUAAUGUGUUGGGCCCGCUUGUCGAGCAGUGGAAGCCUUCGAAGCCCGAGGAAGAUGAUGGUGGGAUCGAUUUGCACAUGAGUCUUCCUCAAGCGCUUCGAAGAUGGCAGGCGGAUGAAGGAACUUCUAGAAUGUUCGAUGAUUUGUCUUUUAGUCAGUCGCAUUCGAGCAUCCCUUCGAGACCUACGGGAUUUUCGGAGACUUUUAGUUCCACAAAUGGUAGAUGACUUUUAGAGCAAGGUAAGUCCUCACACGGUCGAGUCUAUUUUGAAUUUACGAAAUGUUGUUGGAAAUUGUAUUUAAUUUAUUUAUUUAUUUUUUUUUUUUUUUUUUUUUUUUUUUUCUUUUUUGACUUGAACUUGUCAUCUUUGUAGUUGUAACAAAAACCUCAGUUUUUAUAGAGAUGUUUGUUGUGUUUGAUUGAAUUGUUUUAUUUGGAGCCUAAUAUUAGUAACGGUCAAACACGAUCAAUGUAGGAAAUAUAUCGAACACUUGUGUUUUCAGUAGCUUCAAAGAUUUUAUUAAUGUUACACUAGUUGGAUUUCUCUCGUUUA